GUGCCUGUGUUGAGAAGUCCUAUUUGGAUUUCUACUGGGGCGGUAGUAAAUUCUGCCUUGUGACAGAGUUGGCUCUUUUCCACUCCUUCCCAAUGUUGGCUGGGGAUCCUCCUUACCAGGGUGUGGAGAGACAGGGUUUUGGAGCUGGUCUGCACUAUUGUGGGGUAAAGUCAUGGGUUUGUCGCUCCCUCCAUUCUCUCACUCAAUUCAAUAGGGAGCUGCAGCCUGGCAUUAGCUGGAUUCACACUAUGAGAACUGGCACAUAACUAGUGUCCACCCUGAUAGAGGCUGGGACAGCACAGCCCUUCCAGACUGGUAACAAGAGCUCUGAAUUGCUGGUCAGGCUAGUUGUUGCCUUCUCCUGGGGACAUGUUUUAGAGGCAGUUAGUCAUGGGCCAGUCCCUGCCUGUGACACCAGCUCUUCAAACUCAUGGGAGUCUGAACAUGAAACCAAAUGGUAAACAUGUGGCAACAGAUUGGUUUUGCCUUGGCCAAGGGACUGCCCAGGGCCAGGGCAUUGCUUUGGACACGUCCCUUCACCCACCCACUAUGCCGUUGGAUAGACAUGCUGAAAUUCCUACUACUCUUCACAUUGCCUCCAGGUUGGCAGGAGGCAAUCUGGCUUCUGUGCUUGAAUGAACCCUGAUCUUUGGGCAGAAACUAAUGUGCUGGAGAAAUGUGAGACCCACUCAGUUCAGGCCAGCCAGGGAUAGGGGCAUGGGUGAUUCUCUGCAGUCAUGUCCUUCCCCACGGCUUUUAUCUCUUUUUUUCUUUCUUUUUUUUUCGUGGCUUUCUUCCAAAGGAAGCUUAGUGGUAGUGCAGCCUCUCCUGUUCCAGCCUUCUAGCCUAGUGACAUACCUGAGAUUGGCUCCCCUGUUUCUGCUACUGCAUGAUAGAUGCAGCUAAGUUCCAAGAAGUAGGGCUGUUACUUUGAGAUGCUGUGCAGGUGUAGUGAGGAUGUAGAUAAGUUUGUGCUGGUCCGGGGUUCCCCUCUGACGUCUGGGUGAGAAGCAGCCUUCAAUGAAGAGCUUUCUUUGAAGCUUAUCUCCCCUCCCCCCACUGCCCCUUGCACACACCCACCCAGUUUAAAGGUGGGAUGAGUGGGAAGAUGUUAAAAGCUGGUUGGCUAGGGAGGGCCAGGGUAUGAGAGCACUCUGGGGAUGCUUUAACCUGUUACACUUUAAUGGUCUGGCUGGAAUUCACAUGCUCCGCUUGACUUAAGGAGGGCACUGCCCUUCCCAGCCUGGACCCUUACUUAUUGCUUAAAAUAUUUGUCUAUGGGCCAGAGUACAAGAAGUGUAGGUCAAUGGAAAUUAAAUGAAAAUGGGUUCUAGGAUUCUUCCUGCAGUUUAACAUGGUCCUUUUGUAACAGUGGAAGCAUCUAGCUGUCAGUAAAGGGGUCAGAUGGCCAUGGGAGUGAAGCACCCACCAGGGUAGUGUCACCAAGAAAUGCCCCAUGAGCUCAGCCAUGGGCAAGACCUUAAUUAGAGCUGCACAGGGAGGAGUCUUCCUCCAGGGGCUCAUACAUGCUAAUCCCCCUUCAUCCAUUCCAUGCUUAGCCUGGGCAUGGGACACCAGUGAGCCAGGAGAAAGGGUUGGCUGGCAGAGAGUUGCUGUGAGGGGAGGACCAAGCGAGUGUGGUCCAGCAACAGGAAAGGGGGGCCAUUCAUCCUUAACGGCACAGCAACAUCUUGACUGCACCACUAGAUUGUCCCAUAGGCAUUUCUAUAUCUGAGAAGGCUUGGCUGAGCUUGGCUGUAAGGGUGGGGCAAGAUCCUGCACAAACAGGUCUGCCUGGAAGGAGCCUGGUGCUUGGGCAGGCCAGUGGAAGGGGUGUGGAGGGGAGCAAGUAGCUUGUCAGUGAGUUUGGUUGGGGAGUCAGGUGUGGAACACUGAACGUGGAGGGGAUGGUAGGAUCCCCACCUGUGCCCCUAAAGCAAGCAAUUGCUAAUGGAUGGGAUGUGUUAAGAUCCGUGGGCCAUGGGACGAAGAGUCACUGGCCAGGGCUGCUCCCCUGAGAAGAGGUAGGUGAGCUCCAUGGGGUACUAAAGCAGUAUCAUUAACACUGAGCAGCAGGAGUUUUGCUUUUCCCCUUCACCUGUCCUUAAGGGUGCUCAGUAAUAGUAUGCAGUGCAGGGAUCUUAUCUGAGCAGCUGUGUCCUUUCCCUCCUUUAGUCUUACCUGCAUUUUUGAGUUUUAGCAGGGCUUCCAGCCAGCGCUGGAGUCUGGUUUUGGCAUGGUACGUGAAAUGCCUCCCACACUUGCCUUGGAAACUAGUGCCUGGCAUGGAGUCAGGCAGUGGAAAGGACUCUAUCAUGCCACCUUCAACAUCCCACAGAGCUGGGGAACCAUCUGGCUGGAAAUCCCCACUGGCAGUGAGGGUUGGGGGUUAUUACUGCUGAUGCCUCCUCCCUUGACAACAGGAGCUGGGACUGGGACUGCUGCUUGCCUGUUUAUUACCAGAGGUAAAAAUAGCCCAGCAGCCCAACGCCCCCUCAAACGCAGCUUGAAAUACAUCCCUUUAUGAGAGAGGGCAAUAAAACCACGAGGAGCCAGCCCUUUGUGGGGAUGCCUGUGGCUGGUGAGGAAUGUUGUGAGCCCAACAAUCACAGUGCUACCCUGUUGCUCCAACUCUGCUUUUCUAUUUUGAGGGGUGCUAUUUGCAUGGUCCCUGGGAGAAAGGCCUCCCUUGUAAUUAUCAAUAUACUUAAUGUACAGCCUGAGCUCAUAUUACAGUUGCUUGGUACAUAAUGUUCGGAAAAAUAAAGCUUUCAGCCCCACAAGACAUUCUCAGAUGGUGCUUAGACUGCUUGCAUCAGCAGCUCGUUCUCCUCUGCUCCUGCUUGCUCGGCCCACACUGAGGAGCCAUGUCGAUAGCACACACUGCUGCUGAGUACAUGCUCUCUGAUGCUCUGCUCCCAGAUCCCAGCAGUUCCCGAGCCAAAGGCCUUCGUCUGGAAUUACCAAGUGACCGCAUUGUGAAAUUUGUUGCUGUGGGGCUGCCCCUGUUCCUUGUGUCCUUGGCUUUUGCUCAAGAGUUUUCCACCGGCUCCAAGAUCAGCUGCUUCUCUCCCACCAAUUUCACGGGGAAGCAGUCUGCCUAUGUGGAUACAUCCUGCUGGGAUUCCUUGACCCACCUCGAAUUUGAUGCUGCUGGAAAUGCUAUUGCCAAAUCCCUGUGGACUCUCAAGGCCUUUCCAUAUUCUCUGCUGGUCAUCGCGGUGGUCAUGUACCUGCCAUACCUGCUUUGGCGGUAUGCUGCAGCCCCAGCGCUGAACUGCGACAUGCUCUUCAUCAUCGAUGAGCUGGACAAGUCCUACAACCGCUCCAUCCGCCUGGUGCAGCACAUGGUGAAGGUGCGGGAGGCCAGCCCGGAGCCUGGGCUCUUCUGGGAGGAGUUUGAGAGGGCUCGCAAGGAGAGAUACUUUGAGUUCCCACUGCUGGAGCGGUAUCUGGCCUGCAAGCAGCACUCGCAUCACCUGGUGUGCACGUACCUGCUGCGGAACCUGCUGCUGCUGCUGCUCCUCACUGCCACCUGCCUCUACCUGGGUUUCCUCCACGUCACAGGCGUCUUCCAAGAUGAGUUCAGCUGCUCCAUAAAGACUGGGCUUCUGCAGGAUGAGCCCCACAUCCCUGAUUUGAUCCCCUGCAAGCUGGUGUUCUUCUCUGUCUUCCAGAUCAUUAGCAUCCUGACAGGUGGGGUGUACAUCCUGCUGAUGCCUGUUGUCAUCUACAAUGUCCUGCAGCUGUGCCAGUGGGACAAGCGGCUCCUGUUCAUCUAUGAGAUGCUGCCGGCCUUUGACCUCCUGAGCAGAAAGAUGUUGACCUGUCCCAUCAACGACCUGAACAUCAUUCUCCUCUUCCUCCGAGCUAACAUCUCGGAGAUCAAAUCCUUCAGCCGGUUGAGUGCGGUAUGCACCCUGCGGGAAACCACCUCCAACAAGCAGCACAUUGACACCGUGGUUGACUUUAUGACCCUCUUGGCUGGCCUGGAGAUAUCCAAGCCUAAAUACCAGGCUUGCACAGGAGAGGCUGAUGGAGAUGCACCUCUAACACAGAACGAGGUCUUGGAAAUGAAGUCCACAUUGGAAGCUAAAGGAAAUGCUGGUCCCAAAGCCCUGGCAGCUCUGCCUGAUGGCAGGAGCUAGAUGGAGCCUCAACAGCGGAGGGGAGAUUUCCAUGGAAUGAAGAGAAGUUGUUGUGGCAGCUGAGCAUUAUAACCAGUGAUUAAUCCCCAAGCAGAUGCAAGCCACUGGCCCGUGGCCUGGCACUGAUGAGACACCUCUGUGCUCCCUCAGCAGACAUUACUGUGCCUGAACCUGACAUCUCCUCAGUCUUUGUCUAAGGCAUCUUUCAGCUUCCAUUAAACCUGUUUUA